AUGCUCAUUGCCGCCUUACCGUUAGGCCUGGCGGCCUUCGCUUUUAUCCUCCAUUUGCAGGGUGACUUCGAUAUGUUAGACGACGGGCAGCCGCGGCUGCCCGGAUGGCAUCAGGUGGACUUUAGGAAACCAGAUAAGAGCCUGGCGACGCCAUCCGAUGUACCCUACAGUGAUUUUCUUGCCGUUCUGUCCUUCGCGUUCGCCUGCUCUUCUUUCUCCCCGUUGGCUUCCUUAGGGGCGUGGGUGGCUCCUCAUACGCCCGGUGUGACAGUAGUACAGCGAACCAAGGAGCUCGAGGAUCAGCAGGCCAAGAGCCGCGUGUGGAACGAGACGUGGCUUGCAUUCUUCUUCUACAAGCCAUGCAACUACGAGCUCUUUGUGCGCCAGUCGCUCAACAUGGAGAUGGCCAUUGUCUUCGCCAGGGUGUUGGGAGUGGAUUGGAUAUUCCACGUGGAUACAGACGAGCUGCUGUAUCCUGCAGGCACGGCUGACUUCUCCCUCCAACGCCUCAUCCACGACCUUCCUAGCGAUGUGGACCUCAUUGUCUUUCCAAACUAUGAGAGUGUGGUGGAAACAGCUGAUGUGGGAGACUCAUUCACCGAGGUUUCACUGUUCAAGAAGAAUUACGACCAUGUUACAAGAGAAGCCUACUUCGCACACUACAGGGAUGCAGCACACGGCAACCCCAACUACUUUCUGACCUACGGCAACGGCAAGUCAGGAGCAAAGAUGCAGGCGCAUUUGCGGCCGAAUGGGGCGCACCGAUGGCACAACUACAUGAAGGUGCCCAAGGAGGUGAAGCUGAUGGAGGCGGCAGUGCUGCACUUCACAUACACUCACUUCUCCGACCUCACGUCUCGGCGGGACCGCUGCGGGUGCAAGCCCAACUCAGAGGACGUGAAGAAAUGCUUUAUGCUCGACUUUGACCGCCUGGCAUUUAUCAUUGCAUCCACACAGACAGAGGAACAGAUGUUUCAGUGGUAUAAGGACCACGUGGUGUGGUCAGACCGUGACAUGAUAGAGAAGCUGCUUAAAAAGGGGAUAUUCGGUCGCAUCCACACACCCCAGCUGAUUCUCCGCAGCAUAUAUGCCACGGUCGUCAUCAACCGCACGCUGGAGGCCGCAGCUGAGAGGUGGAAGCGCUGCUCCCAGCAGCAACAAGUGCACCUUUUCCCCUCUCAUCUCUCCCAUCUCCCCACCCGUCUUGCACCCCCUUCCAGCUGA